ACGGGUACUUAAGUUUUUUAAAUCAUACAAGUGACCAAUAAAUGAUUACUUAUAGCAAAGUUUGUGUCGAACUAUAGUGAAGUACAGAAACCAAAUUAUUCAUCCUCACAUGUUAGAGAAAAAGGAGGAGAGACUAUCACAGUAACAAUGGCAACUAAUCACAGAAAGAAGCAGGUGAUAGCAAUAAUCGGAGCUGGAAUAAGUGGCCUAUUGGCCUGCAAAUACAGUCUUUCAAAAGGUUUCGAUCCCAUAGUGUUUGAAUCCGAGGAUAGCAUUGGGGGUGUGUGGACUAAGACCAUUGAGAGUACAAAGUUGCAGACACCAAGACCUUUUUACCAGUUCUCUGAUUUUCCAUGGCCCGAUUCUGUAACCGAUAUGUUCCCCGACCAACAAGCUGUGAUGGAGUACAUUGAAUUGUAUGCUCGUCACUUUGACUUGCUCCGCCACAUUCAGUUCAAUAGCAAAGUAUUGAGCCUCAGUUAUGAAUCUGGUGGCGGCUCUGAUGGAGAAUGGAAUUUGUGGGGUGGCACCGGCGAGCCUUUAAGCAGUAAAGGGAAGUGGAAUGUCACUGUACAGGACACCCGAACCCCCUCCCCGCAGUGUUUGCUUGGGUCAAGUUGGCCGCUAUGAGGUGGGUAACUAUUGAAAUUCCUGCUGAGAACAGCCUUUUGAGAAAGUCAGGUCAGGCGGAUGUAUGGCUGGAGCCUCUUAUUGGCCCAAUUGAAAAAGCAAAGCUGGAGAGCCACAGUUCCCUGACUUUAAUGAAUGAUAUCGUUCAUGCCACUCUGAAGGUCAAUCUUAUCGGCACAAAAUUGAUAAAAAGAAUUGCCCCUUUGGAGAAGAUAGCACGCGACUCUUAAUUGGAAGCAACCAAUUGGAAGGGGCAAUUUAAGAGUGCUCAACUUGAUAUAGAGAGCUUACAAGAGAGCAAAAAUACCUUAGAGCAGCGAGUAUGAGCUUUAACUUCCGAAUUGGCGGUUACAAAAGCUUCUUCACACCAAGCAGAGAAAGACAAUGAGCAUCUCGAGUCCUCCUUCUCAGAGCACCUAUCUAAAGCUAGUGAAGAGAUCAGAGAAUUAAAGGCUCUUUUAAACCAAAAUGAAGUUUACGCUGGGGAGCUUGUGCAAAAUUUGACUCAAGCACAAGAAGACCUCAGAAUCUCUGCUGAUAAGGUGUGUGCUUUAGAAUGCUCCCACGCCUCUCUUCAAGCUUCCCACAGCUCCGCCUUGGCUGAAAAUGAAGAGCUAAAAAAUGAGAUCGCUGCUUGGGAAAAGGAUUAUGAGAUCCUUGAAGAAAAAUUUGUUGUUGAGGCAAGUUGGGAUUUUUUGAAUUCCCGUCGUGACACCCUACUUGAAGCUGGCCAAGAAAACUUCAACCUGGAGUUGGAGUUAGCUAAAAUCAACGAAACCAUUGAAAAAGCUCAACAAACGCAGGGCUUCCCUUCUCCCGUGGAUGAAGUUCCCGUGGCUUAAGUUCUCAUGAAUGUUGAAGCUGAUACGGGUAUCAUGACUAUUUCAAACCCGAUCGAGCCCGUUGCUGCAAGCCAAGUUGAAAUCGCGCCUGCUCAUGCACCUGCCCAAAUUGAGCCUGCUGCUAUUGACGUUCCUGCCUCAAUACCAUAAACUUCUUAGUGACCAGUUUUAAUCAUUCAAAUGAUUUUUUUUUGUUUUGAUUUUGGAAGUUUGUAAUAAAACCCUUAACUUCAUUUGAGGGUUGAUUUUAGAAACGUCAGU